ACUACAACUCCCGGCAUGGCCCUCGGCAGCAGGACUACAACUCCCGGCAUGCCCUGUGGCGGGGGCACUACAUCUCCGGUGUGGCGGGAGCGCCGAGCCCUCAGCCCUGGCCGAGCGGGUCCCGCCGAGCGCGGGCCGCAGCCCGCCCCGCCAGCCGCCGCCGCGGGCCCUGCCCAGGAGGGUCUCGGGCGGCGGCCGGCGGAGCGGCACGGGCGGGUUCAGGGCACCGGUGAGUCCUGCGCGGGGCUGCCCCGGAGCCGCUCACACGUUCGCGGGGGCUCAGCCCGGCCCGGUGGGGAGUGUUCUUCCUUGAGGGUGAAGGUGCCGGUUCCCCGGAUCCCAUCCCCAAAGUCCUUCCAGCCUAAUGGAGCCAGUGAAGAAGCCCUGCAGUGUGAAAUCGAAGAGCUGAAACAGAAGGACCUUGCUCUAGACCAGGAAAUUGCACAAUUAUUGUCCGAGGGCUACAGCCUGGAGGAACUGGACAAGCACAUCUCUCUGCUCCAUGAGUACAAUGAAAUCAAAGAUGCUGGGCAAAUGCUCCUGGGCAAGCUAGCUGUUAUCCGAGGGGUCACUACAAAACAGCUCUACCCUGAGUAUGACCUGGAGCUCAGUGACUGAACCUGGAGAGUGCCAUGUCCUGCAAAAGUGACUGUCACUGGGCCAUUAUGUGCUGGUCAUCCUGGUUUAGAAGAGACAGAAGGUGGAAAAGGAACCUUUGGAAAAGGGAUAUAGGAUUUGAAGAGACUUCCUGAUCAACAGGACUUUUUUCUUAAUUUUUUUUUUUUUUGAAAGAUUGUAGUUCAGGUUGAUAUUGAGCCUCUUCCAUGGAGCCUUUGAUUCCCUGCAGUAUCCAGGGGCUGUUUAGUUACUGAAUGGAUAGAGGAAGUGAGGACAGACAAAUGUGCAAUGUAUUAGCUGCUUUGAAAAGAAAACUCUCAGAGGAAGGAAGGGAAGAAGGUGGAAAUUGUGAUUUGAAGGUUUUAGUUUGUUUUAUCAACAAAUCCAGGGAAGUCUGGGUGUUUGCAAUUUUUUACUUACCUGCUCUGGUAUCUGGAGGUUUUGUAUCAUUUCUGUAGUAAAUGGCAAAAUGUAAAUUUGUGUUGAACUGUCCACUCUGAAUAAAGCAACCUUCACAUCUGUCA